AGAUUACUAUCCAAAGCAGGAAAACUGUGCAAAUAAUGUCUGCACGGAUUUUAAAAAUCUCAUUUCUACAAGAUGGCUUUUAGGUUUGGUUUGCUGUUUGUACUCGGAUUGAGUGCGCUUUUUGCGCUCUCUUCCCAAUAUGAUGUGGAGAAGAUGAGCCCGGUUGGUGACACCCACCCAAACAAGGAUAGCAGGAUUAGGUGCAAAAGUGCUCCUGCGUUCGCUCUGGCAGGAGCAUUGGAAGUGGCCUACAACAAAGCUACAGGUAAGAAAAAGGCCUUCUCAGUCCAGGAGGUAGUUGACUGCUUCCACAAGGGAUGCGAAAAGUCCCGUCUGGAGGAGAUCGUGGAUUGGCUGAUCGUAAACGACAGAUUGGCUCACAAGGACAAGUACACGGAGUACAAGGCUAAAGUAUUCACCUGCAGAGCUGGAACCUCACCGGACGGUCUGGUCGGCUUCAAGGUGACAGGACUGACAAAGAUAACACCAGAUGACUUUGAGGCGGAGAUCCAAAGUAGGGGAGUGGUAAUGGCCUGUGUGGACACAACCAGAGGAGGAUGUCCUAGUUACGAUGACAGUUACAGAGGUGGAGUUAUUGCUGGCAACUCCACUAGGUCCUACUAUCACUGUAUGGAAAAUGUGCUGAUUACUGGCUUUGAUGAUGACAGCUACACAGUCAGGACUAGCAGAGGUUCUUCCUUCGGCCAGGCUGGUUACGCAAAGAUCGCAAGGGGAAGUAACGCAUGUGGUAUCGAAGGGUCCAUGACAGUUCUAGACACAGAGUCAAGAAGAAGCAAAGCAGGGGUAAACGUUCGAACAAUGUGCCCUACUGCGUACCCUAAAUACUGCCAGAAGACCAGAACCUGCAAGAAGUCCACACAGCGAUGUUCUCCUGAAAUAAAGCAAUCUUCAAGCGCUUCACAAUACCGACCAAGUGGUGAUUCAGGAUCCAGACCCGGCCCUAAUUAUCGACCAAGCGGUGGAACCAGACCCGGCCCUGGAAUCGACCAAGCGGAGGCUCAUCCAGCUCAUACGGUGGCUACGACUUUGGAAAUGCCAGGAAUAAAAGGGAUGUAGACAGGUGUGCUGAUACACCAGGGUUCAACUGCCCAAGGAUGACUCCCCACUGCAAGAUCCAAAAGAUAAGAGAAAAGUGUGGUGGAACUUGUCAGGUGUGUAAAAAUGAUGGCAGCUCUGUGUGCCAGGACGAUGAGAGUACACCAGGCCAAUGUGCAAGUUUCGCUAAGUACUGUGACACCAUACCCGGUAUCCGUGUUAAGUGUGCAAAGACUUGUAACGCUGACCCUUCAGACUGUGAAGAAAGUCUGCGACCCUCUGUUCCAGAAGGUAAUGAAGACGUAAGACCACCACCAAUGGGUCUGUGCUCCCCACCCACAAUCGCUAACGGACGUAUCCUGAACGGAGGAGGAAGAGGAAUGUUAAACCCCGGAGAUGUGCUCAGAGUCUCAUGUAACCGUGGUUACACCCUCAUAGGGGAGCCCAGCAAGUGCGAGAUUCAGAACGUCUUCGCACCCGACACAAGAAGGAUCCAAGAGUGCAUCAGACUGGGAGAUGAAAGUUUCGAGGGUAACGGAGCAGAGUACACCGGCCGACAGAACCAGGUGGUGAGUAACAGGGUAUGUGACAACUGGCUGAAGUUAGCUCACACUGGUCUGUUCAGGGGCCUAGAUCGGGGUCUUACCCUCGCUAAGGGUGGCAACCACAACUUCUGCAGAAACGUCGGAGGAGAGGACUUCAGUCCCUUCUGUUACACCAACGACGGGCAGCUGAAGGAGUACUGCUUCGAGCUGCCUAAAUGCGGUGGAAGAGACAGUGAUAAGUGUAGCAGGGUUCGCACUGACGUGUACGACAACUGCGCGGAGUAUGACGAGUGGUCGUGCGAGCUGGAGGACGAGCGCUCUGUGGCACGGACCGAGUGGUACUGGACCAACUGCGCUGCUAUGUGCUGCGAGUACGCUGCAUGCCAGUAGAUGCGGAGAUUAAGAACUAGGAAGAGGGCUGGACAUUUCCAUGACAAUCUAAUGAGUUAAAUUAUUGGAAAUAUGAGUGACCCUAAAAUUCUAACAUUAUGAUCUGUUAAUAUACUUUUAUGCCUGAAGAAAUGAGAAUUGAAAAUAUUGUAAUUUCGCUUGAAUUUCAAGUUGUAGGAGAUUGAUUAUAACUCUUAUUUAGUAUUAGUAAAUAGUAACUUAUUUUCCUGUCAGUUUCAGUCUGAUGUCAAUAUCAUGAAUUAUCUCUACAAAUUAUUCCUAGUUUUGAAAUAAUCUUAAAAUAAUUGUGACUUAA